GGCUGUACGGCUCACCUCGCACGCCAGCGCCAGCUACCUGCACAGGCCCUGAGUUGGCACCGCGAACCCCUCCAGCGCGUCACCGUGGAGACCACAGCUCUCUCCCUGAGGCUCCUCUGUGGCUCGAGCCCUCGGGCGUCCCUCAAAGAAGAGGCUCGGUGACCUCAGCCGCAGCCCGCAGCCCCUCCCCACCCCCAGGAUUGUGAGCUAAGAGCCAGCGGUGAGCCUGGCUCAGCCAAAGGCGGCGCGCCCUGGUCUGCGCCGGUUCCCCCACCGCACAGGCGGCUAGGGAGGAGUGCAGCCGUCCAGCCCAGGAAUGCCUUGUCCCCAGGUAUCAUGCUGGGCACAGGGGACCCCAGUUUGCACUCAUGCAUCCACCGUACCAAAGAAGGAAGACAAGGUAGGCAGUGCCCGUGCAGAGUGCCAGAAGUCAUACGGUCAGUGUAACAGUUUAUCCUUAAGCCAUGACCAGAGCCACCUCAAGAAAAAUGAAUUUUCCUGGAAGGAUGUUGCCAAUUCCUUGUCCCUGGCGAACAUAGUCCUGGGGCUCUUCUCCAUCUUCUGCAGCUUCAGCAGGAAAUCCCACUGUGCCUCCUGGAUGCUUUUGAUGAGCUUCCUGCUGGACAUGGUGAUAAGAACGAUAACCAGACAACUUAACAUCUACUGCAAAUCAGGAGCCGAGCUGAAUGACUUUGCUGUCUUCACCACCUUCGGCCUGGCCUCGGCCCUGCUCCUCGGUGUGGACGGGCCCCUGAAUGGGUUCUUGGCCAUCAUCUAUGUGUUAACCACUUCUUUCCGCCUCUGUUUUUAUUCAUCUGGAGUUCCCUUCUCAUACAAGGGCCUCCCCUGCCCCUACGCUUCCUGUGUGUUGGCGUCCAUUUCCCUUCUGACCAAAGGCAACACGUUCAUCCUCUGCUGCAUGGCCUCACUCAUGAUUCUGUUUAUGGUAGACCAGAGCUACUACCCACGAGAUGACGUCCUAGAGUCUGAGAACUGGAAAAAAGUAGUUUAUGUGGGAGGUGUCGUCAUGCUGUUUUUCUCCCCAUUUUCCCUCACUGCUUUUUACUGCCUGGUGUGGUCGCUCUCCUACAUCUUCUUUCCGGAUGCGCUGUGGGGCGGGGCAGCCUGCCUUAAGCUGUAGCGUGGAGGAAACCACAGCUCCACCAACUCCCGCCGGCCUCUGUGGGCUCCGGGCCAGCAUGUGGGGCCAGCCGUCUCGCAGACUAAAGCCUUCGCUGUGCCUGAGCUGUCCUGUGCCAGAUACAUGUGAUCUCUAUUGAACCAUAAUAAACCACAGUCAGGCCA